CUAAAUGGCAAGGAUUAGGUUUUGAUAUCACGUCGCUUCGAUGCUUAACCCGUCGUUUUGAAGCAGUUGCUGGUCGUAGCGUGAGAAAAAAUUAGAAGUCUCUUUCCGUCGUCGUUUUGCUAAAAUCCCCCCCUCCAUCUCUAUUUUAUUUCAGUGAAUGGACACGAAUCCCGGACCGAUUGAUGGAUGUGUAUUGUAUGAUCAAGACAAGCAUGUCUCCUCUGCGGUUUGGGAUGGCCAGGAGCGUGGUGUGCUAAGAUGCCAUGAGCACACGUCCAAGUUGGGUGAAUGGAAGCUAAGUCCUAAGCAAAUUGAGUUGGUGGAGAAAGCUGGAUUUGGUUACUUGAGAAAGAUUCCGGCUAUUAGUCUUGACAAUCCUCUCAUAUCCGCGCUUGUUGAGAGGUGGAGGAGGGAGACCAACACGUUUCACUUGUCUGUUGGUGAAAUGACUGUUACUCUUCAAGAUGUUGCCUUGUUGCUUGGACUUGCCAUUGAUGGGAAGCCUGUUAUUGGAAUAACACAUACCAGUUGUGCCUCGGUUUGCCAAAGGCUUUUAGGGAAAUCACCCGAUUCUAACUACGCAAGUGGUGGGAUGGUGAAGUUAAGUUGGUUGAAGGAGUUCUUUUCUCAUUGUUCUGAAGAUGCACCUACUGAAAUGGUUGAGCGCUGCACUCGCGCUUAUCUUCUCUACCUUGUCGGUAGUACCAUAUUUUCCACCACCACUGGGAAUAAGGUUCCUGUAAUGUACCUUCCAUUGUUUGCGAAUUUUGAAGAAGCUGAGGAGUUUGCCUGGGGAGCAGCAGCAUUAGCUUUCUUGUAUAGAGCACUCGGCAAUGCAUGUGUUAAAUCUCAGAGUACCAUUUGUGGUUGCUUAACACUACUACAGUGUUGGAGCUACUUCCAUCUGAAUGUGGGCCGACCAAAGCUUAAUCGAGACCCCAUCCAUGAUCAUUUUCCAUUUGUGCUUAGAUGGAAGGGAAAACAAAGUGGGCCAACAACAAAUCGUGAUGUAGUUUUCUACCGCAAGGCACUGGACUCGUUGAAACCAACUGAUGUGGAGUGGCUUCCGUACAAAAUUAUGGACAGUACUGUAAUACCAAAAGAUAUAAAAAAUACCUUAAUUUUAGGGAGAUCAAAGACAAUGCUAAUAUGCUUUGACAAGGCAGAACGCCACCUUCCUGAUCGUUGCCUUAGGCAAUAUGGCAUGCUUCAACCAAUCCCAGAAGAUGUGGAGCGGUGGCUCAGAAAGAGUCGAGGAGUUGACGGCGGGGUUGACUUGUCUGGGAAAAUGGAGUCGGAGCUUAAUGAAUGGAUGGAUCGUCAACUCCAUAUUGUGGAUGGGGAUGAUGGCGUGGAUGAGGGUGGCUACAUGCAAUGGUACUGGAAAAUCACUCGUAAAGUUGUUGGAAGGCCUAUAUCUCUCUCAUCUGAGUUCCAAAGGACGAUCUCUGGUUUAAGAGAAAUUUCUUAUUUAGCGGAUUCAUUCUCAACAAAAGGGUUGGACGGACAGCAAUUUGAGUCAAUUUCAAGGAUCAGGUUUAUUGCACAGGACUGUUUGAGGGACCAGAUUGAAAGUCCAGUCACGCCAUCAGCACCCCCACAAAUUGAACUAGGAAAAAGGUCAAGGGGGAAGGAAAGGGUUAGAAGGAAAGGUAAUGGGAAACGCAGGAGAAAGGAUGAGCCAGUGGAAUAUCAAGAAGCAAGUGAGGAUGACCAGCCUCAGUUUUAUGGUGCAGUUAUCGUGGCUGAUCAGUUACACUUGGACCAGGCAGAUGGCGAGGUUGGUCAGUUACAGUCAUGCCAGGCAGAUGAUAAUUUUGAUCCUCAACAUCUGUCUCAUGCAGCUGAUGAGGAUUAUAGUGAAGAGUUACAAAAUAUGGUUAAUCAGGAAGAUGAUGCGAAGCCUAGCAAUGCUACAGAGGACAUCAAUGAGUCUCAGCCUUGUAAAGACGCUAACAAUGACAAUGACUCCCAGUCAUGUCAUAUGACUAUUGAGGUCAACAACGGAAAAAUAUAUGGUGAGGCAAGUAAAGGGGUCGAUGAUUCCCAGUCUUGUGAGCCAACUAAUAAGGUGAACGACUCACAGAUUUGUCAGGAAACGAGAAGUGAUGUUCAUGAUUCUCAGCUUCUUGAUGCAUCAGCCAAGGUCAAUGCCUCAUGACUCUCUGAUGCAACAAUUAAUGAGGUUCAGCGCAGUGGUGCUAUUGAUGAGGUAAACAAGUUGCAGCCUUCUGGUGCAACAGAAGGGGUCAAUGAUUCACAGCUUCCUGUCACAAAUGAAGGGCUCAAAGACUCGUAGAUUCCUGAUGCAACCCAAGAAGUAAAUGACUCACAGACCCCAAAUACAACUGCAGAGAUGAAUGACUCCCAGCUCCCUGUUGCAACUAAAGAAGCUAAUGACUCAAAUCUCCCUGAUGCAAUUGAAGAGGCAAAAGAUUCACAGCUUCCUGUGAACAAGUGUGAUCAACCAAAUGCCAAAGCUGCAAUAGAGGAUGUUCCAGCAACUAUUGAAACUGUUGAGGAUGUUGCAAAGCAGGGUGAUAAAAGUGUUGAAGCAUAAAAUGAAGGCAUUGUCUUGUUAAUUCUUCUGUUAGGGUACUCUUGAUAUGCUUGCUAUUCACUACAUAGUGUUCAUUAUAUCUUCAACCGAAACAUUUUGAUUUUUUCCUUGCAUUUCCUUGCCGUGUCAUGAAGAGUAAAAUGCUGAUUUUAUUCU